CAUGCGCGUUGUGAUGUCAACAAUUCUUAGCUCGGCGCGAGUAACACGUUCUGUGAAAUAUCGCACAUGUAACGAUCGAAGAAUGAAUUACUUUUUUUCGAUAUUAAGUGACAGUGAUUACGUCGACUUUUGAUAAUAUUUCAUUAUCUACAAGAUAAUAAUACCUUGUAACGUAGAGAUUUGCAUAAAACAAGCGAUUCUUUUAUAAUCAAUGAUUUGACUAACCUACAAUAUAUUUUUUUAUUGGUUUUUCCUUUUAAAAUUUCAUCAUUCUAAAUGUAUUACAAUCAAAAAUAAUUCUUUACUCGUAUAAAAGUGAAUCGAUUACGAUUAACGAAUGUGUGAAGUUUAACAUAACCUAAAACAGGUUAUACUAUAAUCUGUUUCUGUUGUUAUACAAACUUUUAAUAAAUUAGGGAUUGUUGUGAAAUAAAGAAAAAUGGCUGGCCAACAGCAUCCCUUCCCAUCUGGAUUUCCAAAUGUGCAACAAUCUGCAAUGCGAACACAAUUUGGAGGAGGACAAAUGGUUUCUGGUUUGAUGGGACCUCAACAAGGUGGUAUAGUGAGUCCACAACAAUUUGGAGUAGGUGUUGGCGUUGGAGUUGGAGUUGGAGGAGUAGGUUCUAAUGCUAUGGGAAUGCCAAAUGCUCAACAAGUUUUGGCCCAGCAACAACAACAACAACAAUCAGUUGCCAUGCAGCAACAAAUGCAACAGAUGCAACAACAACAAUUGCAAUUACAGCAACAACAGCAAGCAGCUCUUGUACAACAAAGUAAUCAGACUAGUAAUCAAGCUACUACGCCACAAACACCUGUCCCACCUACACAACCUCCUCCUCAACAGCAGCAGAACAAAGAUUUUAAUACUGCCAGCUUAUGUAGAUUUGGACAAGAGACUGUACAAGAUAUUGUAAGUCGUACUUUAGAUGUUUUCCAAACGCUGAAAGUACUGCAACCACCAAAUGGCACACCACAAGGAGCUAGCGUAGCCAAUGAUAAAAAGACUAAAGUGCAAGAACAGUUACGAAUGUUAAAAUUAUUAUUCAAACGUUUAAGAUUAAUCUAUGAAAAAUGCAAUGAAAAUUGCCAACUUCAAGGAAUGGAAUAUACACACAUUGAAAGUCUGAUACCAUUGAAAGAAGAGUGGGAUAUGAAAUCUGAUGAGAAAAAAACAUCAGAAGCAUAUAGAUUAGCAUAUGAAGAAAGUAAAGAGAUCACAGAGCAAGUUGUGUUAAAAAAUAGGCACCUUAAGGAAAUCAUUGAUCAUUUAAGACGUAUCAUUUCAGAAAUAAAUACUAUGCUAAAUAUGCGUAGAUCUUAGAUCACGAAAUGUAUAUACUUAUUUAAGUUACAAUAGAUUACUAC